AUGGUAUUAUUCUUUGAAAGUAGUCAUGAAUUCCAACAUGAUUUCCAAACUUCAACUUUAGCAUUUUUUAAUAGAUAUCCCAAUCCAUUUGCCAAACAUGUAUUAAGUAGUGAUACUAUUGAACAAUACAUUGAUGAAGAUGGAUGUUUAAGAGUCACGAAAGUUAUCGUUAAAAGUGGUAGAUUACCUAAUUUCAUUAAACCAUUCUUAGGUACUAGUGUUAAUUCAUGGAUUAUUGAAAAAUCAAUUACCAAUCCAAAAACUAAUACUUUAAUGUCAUAUACUGCCAAUGUUGAUCAUAGAAAGUUUAUUAAAGUUGAAGAAUAUUUAACUUAUUAUACAGCUGAUCAUAAUGAAGAUAUUACAUUAUUAGAUGCAAAAGUUAAAUUUUCAUCUAAUUUGUUUGGUUUCAAACAAAAGAUUGAACAAUGGAGUCAUCGUAGAUUUUCAUCAAAUCUUCAUAAUACAAGAGAAGGUUUGAAAUAUGUUAUGAAUAGACUUCAACAAACUGGUGGUAUUUGGCAAGUUGAUGAAACUGUCACUAGUUUAAAUUAA